AUGACGUUCGUCAAUCACGGUCAAUUCUCUUUUGACGGUAGGACAUUCAAUGUCGCUUCUUCGGAAGGACAUAUCCAUCGUCGAGCCUCGCAUGCAGACCUAAGGGCGCUAUUUGAUACUUCCAUGCCAGAUAGAAGCGGCCGACCCGACUAUGCAGCACACUGGUACGAAGCACAGCUUCUGCAUUAUGGACUCCCUUCUUCCAAAAAGAAAGUAACUGCAAAGAUGCGGUUGCUGGAUGCGUUACAAGAUGGUACUCUCAAAAUCCCAAUGGACAUUCUCAAAAUUGAAAAAGAUUUGAGAAAGGAGUGGGAGGAGAAGGACUUUGAGGAUCGUCUGCUAGAUGCCAGGAUUCAUGGCCCAGAGAAUUUUCGCUUUGAAAACACCGUGACAGGGACAAAAAGUGCUACGAGAACAACAUCUAAUUCUCAAGGGGCACCAGGGCGACAUUAUAGUACUUCCUUUUCCACUGAUUCAAUCAUUGGCGCUAGCAUGAGCUCCUUCAAUCGGCAGCAGCAGAAGAGGACAGCAGGCUCUUCUGAUCCAACACCUUCGAAAAAGCCCAAAAAGGAGCAACUGCCACCUGAACCUCUUCAAAAUACCGGAUGCUCUCAUGGCCACUCUGGAGCCACCUUCAACUUGCACUUGAACACUAACAUCAUCAGCAACGGCUCACAAGGAUUAUGUAACGGUGAGAAUGUGUUGUGCGCGGUGCGACUCAAGGAUCCGUAUCAACUAAUGCUUGCCCAGAAUUCUUCUGACGUUACCAGUGGGCCAUUUGGCGUUGAUGAAAUGGACAACGAUGAGUGUUAUGAGUACAGCUAUGCGCCGUCGAGCUACUCGACCAACUCAACCCAGUCUUCCCGAACCCUAACACAAAGCCCGAGACUCGGCCUCAUCAAUGGAGAGUACGACAUUUACUCCUCCGACUUCCAAGACUGGCCAGAAGUCGUCCCUUUUGAGGGAUUCAAUCUUGCGCUUUGCAUCGACGACAACAAGAAAGAGAUAUGGGGCGAGUUUCGGUUCGGGGUCCUUUGUGGUAUCAUGCAUAUGCCUCAACGACCCAUGGGAGCCUCGGAAAGGAGCUUCCACUUUGAAUGGCGGGGCCGAGAUGUGACUGGUGAUGGGAAUUUCCCAGCUACUAGCGAAGGAUGGAUUCGCUUUCUUGGCGAUGGUGAAAUCGAUGGACAAAUCGAAGCCUGGGCCUGGUUGAGAUUCAACGGCCAAAGAGUACGUGGUCAAGGUAUCAGUCGACCGAGGGAUUUGUACGCUUUAAAACGGGAAUGGGUUGCAAUGUGUGUGUAA